GUCCCGUUAACUUAGCUUUAAGGGCUUUUCUCACAGCAGCCUAAACAUACGUGAGAAACCAAGAUGCAGGUCCUCUGACCUCCACAGACUGGACCUGGAUGACAUAAAAACUCCUUUGGCAUAUGAGCAAAAUUUCGUGCAAUAAGUAGCCUGAUCUAAGCUUCUUGGUGUUGUUUUGGUGCUAAACUUGUUUCAAAGUUGUGCCUUACAAAUUUCUUAUUUUUGGCAGUAUCCUUCCUGCCCAGACAUGGGUCCACUUAAAACGGAUCAAAACUCGAAACUUGCUGUCAGAAAUGAGCUAUUUAAGGGUCUGAAGGCUAUGGUCAUAGUAGUCUGCUUGGUAUUAUCACUGACUUCAGUGGCAUUUUGCUUCUUUCUGAAUUUCAAAGCAUCAGAGCUGCAGGAUAGAGUCACAUUAUUAGAGAACGAGAAAGGGAGAUUUAACAUGCCUGCAUCUGCUGCAACUUUUCUGAGUGAGGAUGGCACCAUGCCCCUUUUCCUACAGAAUAAGCUUGAUCGUCUGCUGCAAGAGAGAUUAGAGGAGCACCUGGGUAAGAGGCGGAUUGUUAGAGAAGCACAGGCCAACUGCAAUUGCCCACCAGGUUUGUGA